AUGGUUGCCUUGCGCAAUGCUCAUGUUCGGCGCUAUGUCCUUCAGUGCCAUUUCUUCUGCUUUUGGCAUUUCGCAGCGCGAACCUUACAGUUCUCUGCCCUGCCGCCGAAUACAAAGAUUCAGAAGGGCAUUACCCAACCACAACCCGUUCAGAGCGAUGUUCCCGAGAAUGUCAAGGCCUUCGCACGAGCUUUGGAUGAUGCAGAGCUGGAAGGGCAAAUUCUCAGAACGGAAACGGGCAGUUUCAAGUUGCAAAACGUUUCUGAAAUUUGGGACGAGAAGCAGUUCUACGUGGACAUCAUCCAUCUGUUUCAGAAGGGCAAAGAGCCCAAAGAGGUGGAUGUCAAGACUUUGAAGUCAGCGCCUGCACAAGCUUUGUAUAUCAUGGAUGCCGACAUUGAUGUGGAACAUAGGGUCUUUUGCCAGUCUUUGUGGAUUACCUCUGCAGCGGCUUUCAACACCGAACAUUUUAAGAAGGCCGAGCGCUUUUCUGGGCAGUGCUUUAUGCCACCAUGGACGUUGACGGAGAUGCUGAGUGCAGAGGUCAUGGCCUUACACAAGCUGAAUGAGGAGGUUGUCAAGGAACGCUUCGGCAUCUUUGGUGGCACUGCGAGGCUUGUUUUGGAGAGGGACGAGACAAGGGCAGAGAAUGACAAGGAGAGGCUCGUUGAGGCCGUGCAGUCAGCAGAUGCGCUGCAAUCCCUGAAAGUAUCGUCUGACAUGAAAGCCAUAAGCAAGACGACGCAUUUGCUGGUGAAGAUGCACCCAAAGCGGGAGUUCAGCUGGUUUGAUGUGCAGUUGUCGUCUCCCUAUGUUCGGCAAGAGCUGGUGAAGCAAAAUAGACAGGACAACUCCGAAGAACUUUGGAAAAGGAUGCGGGAAGGAAUGAUUACUGGCAUCGGUUUUGCAUUGUUUGAGGAAGAGUUCCACCAGUUCAUGCAGGACAAGUCCAUCGGCAAGUUCAAGCUCCGAGCCAGAUGCUUGACAGCUGAGGGGAAGGGGUCUGAUACAACACAGGAACUCCAAGGUGGUCUUGAAGGAGUGCUGAUUUCGGGCAAUCCCGCAGCAGACAUCAAGGAUGGCGAAUACUACCAGCCGCAGAGCAAAAACUUUCCUGCCUUUGACUCAUGGACCUCACAGGGCGUUUUUCAGCUGACGAUUGCCGAUACACAUGACAUCACCUUCAAUGACAGUGGCAAGGCAAUGGACGUGACGAAGACGCAGGCGUCUAAGAUUGUGGAUGCACUUUGCAAGAAGCAUGACAGCAAAGCCAAAUUCUUCUUUGUCGUUCCGCAGUUUCAGUUUGAUAAGUGGAAGACUGUGCAGACAGUGAAACAGCCAGAGAUGGCUGAGAAGAUUGAGCAAUGGGUCGUGUGCUUUGAACAGAACCUUCCGAAGUGA